AUGGAGAGGCUGUACCAAAAGGGGGUGUCCUCGUUGGUGCAUAUGGAAGGUCACGUCUCGUAUGCGGAGCAUUUGAAGUCGCUCAUUUCGAAGACACUCUUCUUUCAGCUGGUCAACUAUUUGGGUUGGUUCUUGUAUGUGGCCUUUUGCAUCCAAGACUUGGAAUACCUCAGAUCGCAGCUCCUCAGCUUCAUGACCGUGAAACAGGUUGUUGCAGUUGCGCAAGAAGUGCUUCUGCCAGUCAUACUGCAAAGAUUCAGACGCUGGCAGGGAAAAGCAGCUCAAGCUUCCAGCAAGGAGCCAGACGCACUUACUUCUUCGGCAGCUGCGCCUAAGACCAGAAGGUGCGCCUCUUUGCGUCGGCUUGGUACUCAUGCAGUACUGGGCGAUGGCACCUCACUGGAGAAGGAUGUUGGCCGGCAGUUGGCUCUUGACAAGACGGACCUCUGCACCGAGUACCAGCAGCUUGUCGUGCUCUUUGCGCUUACGAGCUCCUUUGCUAUCGCCUUUCCUUGCGGCCCGUUGCUGGCGCUAAUGCACAGCUACGUUUCGAGGCGAACAGAUGGUUACAAGUUCCUGAUGGUCAACAUGCUCUCGGCGCCCAGUGCAGCAGAUGGAGUCAUCUCGGAUACCUGGGUAGAAGUUCUUGAGGCCCUCUCGAUUGUGUCAGUGGUGUGCAACGUCGCCGUGCUCGCGGUCUCUGGAAGCAGGUGGACCGCACUGUCCUUGGCGGUGCUGGAGCAUGCGCUGCUCAUCUUCAAGGCAAGUGUUUGCAGCAGCAUCAUGGCCGAAUUAGGGAGCAUAGCUUGCGGAAAACCGGAACUGGGCCUCGUCGCGUGCUCCCUGAUCCUCUCCAAGAUGAAUUCAGAGCCGGAUCAGCAUUGGAAGGAGGCCAGUACCACUGGUACCGUGCCUGGCCGUUGGGCCACCAAUCUGGGGCUGCCAGCAAUGGAUGCAAGUGGCGCCGGGAGUGUGGCAUGCGAUCCCUGGUGUGGAGGCUUCUCCUCUGCUCCUUUGCCGAAGAUGAACUCUGUUCCUGCAGCCUGCCUCAUCCCGAACGAUGAGACUGGAAGCACGGACAUCACGGACCAGGAGGAACUUGCCGGCUUGGAUGCAGGGACGGCAUCGAGCACCACUUGGGAGGACGACCCCGAAGAUGAAGAGAGCGAUGCUGUUGAGCUCCGAGGGCUGCCUUUUUCAACAACCCUGCAGGAGAUUCGGGGGUUCCUCAAAGAGCAUGCUACACAGUUGGCAGAUACUGGAAUUGCCCUCAGCGUGAUGAGGGAUUUACGCCCCUCUGGAAUCGCAAAUGUCCACUUUCGCACGAAGGAGGCCUCGCUUCGUGCCAUUGAUGCGCUUCACAUGAAAGAACUUGGCGGCCGGUACAUCGAGGCCAGCUGCCAACUGUCAAGGCUCAAGGGUCGAGAAGCGACGGACCGACGCAAGAUGGCACGAAAGCAGAAAGCUCGGGGCACAGCGGCUGAACGUGAGGAGCCGCAUCUCGCGCUGAUGUGUGUGCCGGAGACGGCGCAGUUUUUGUCGGUCCGGCGUCCUGUAGGAAUCGCCGGCCCACCUGCCCAUGAUGCCCUAUCCACCACGUACUUAGACUUAGACGAGAAGUUCGGUGGCAAAGCACAGAAGCCUGUAUGCCAGUACCAAGCCGCGAGGACACCUUCGCCGCCGCGAUUCUGGAAGCAGGAGAGUUCUCAUCGCAGUCACGGAGCUGCAUAA